GCUUGUUGCUAUGGAUAUGAGAUCUUGUUUACAGGCUGAGGACCUUCUGUUUUUGGGGAAGGAUUAUCCUUUUCGGCCAUGGGCUCCAAAAUGCAGUUAGAAAUUGUAGGUUUAAUUAAAGACCAUAACUUCCGUGUCGCCAAAAGCAUUGCCGAGGGACUAAAACAGAAGUUUCCCGAGGCAUUUUUGGAUCCAAAAAUUCAACCACUUCUUGAAUUUGACUGGCACACAUAUCUUCGCAACAAGAAAAGUGAGCUGCGUGGUGAAGUGUGGCAAUACUCCAGCAGCCUGAUGUGCUUUCUGAACGGCCUUCUCCUCGGUAAUGAGAAAGAUCUUGCCAGCUGGGCCAAGAAGCAGUGGAGUUUCACUUUUAAUCGGCCGCAAGCUUUCUAUAUGGCUCUCACCGAGGACUACUACACCAAACACCUCCAGAACACUGGGCAUCAGUUUGUCUUCAUGGACAUUGAGAUAGCAGGAGAGGCAGCAGGGAGGUUAUUAUUUGAGCUGUUCUCAGAUGUUUGUCCAAAGACAUCAGAGAACUUCAAGGCUCUGUGCACAGGAGAGCGAGGCCUGUCACAGAGAGGCCUCACACUUUGCUACAAGGGCUCUCUGUUUCAUCGUGUGGUCCCCAACGGCUGGGUGCAAGGAGGAGAUAUUUCUCCAGGAAGCAAAGGUAAUGGAGGGGAGUCAAUCUAUGGAUCAACCUUUGAGGGUAAAGAAGUUACAAACAGCUCAAGACAUUUAAAGUAUCACCAAGGCAAAGCACUGUGCAUACGCGUGGAUUUGUGGGUUUACUUGCACUGUCUGUCACACAUGUCCUUCCUCCUUUUAGAUGAGAGCUUUGCCGUGUCCCACGCUAAACGGGGCAUUCUAGGAAUGGCCAAUAAGGGUCGCCACAGCAAUGGCUCCCAAUUCUACAUCACCCUACAGCCAUCACCCUGGAUGGACAGGACCUACGUUGCCUUUGGUCAAGUGGUAGAGGGUGUCGACGUCCUCAGCACAUUAGAAGAGGCUCCGACUUGCAAUGAAAGGCCCAAGUAUGAGUGUAAAGUUACAGAUUGUGGAGUUUUUAAGUUUUAGCCUCUAUACAUUAGUUGUUGAUGUCUUUUAAAAACCCCUCCCAAUGUUUUUCAUGUAGAAAAUAUACACAUAAGAUGACAUUUGACUUAC